UUGGGAAGCUGCCCCACAGCCCCCAAUGGGUUAAACGGAUAGAGUUGUGCUUUGCAGAGAGGCCCAGGGAGCAGCCAGCCAAUGCUGUCCCUUCCUUUUCCUGCCAGGGCGCUCAGCUGCAAAACCAUGGCUUCUUUCUGCAGAAGGUCAGUGAGGACAGGGUCAUUGCCAAUGGAGCUGCUUACCUCACACCAGAUUGAGUGUCUGAACCGAGCGAAGCAGGCGACUGAAGACACGAUUUAGGAGCCGAGGUGGAGUGAGGCGCAGCUGUUGCAUUUUUGCGCGAGAGACGGAACGAGAGAUGAACCGGAGUGAAAUCCAAGCUUUGCCAAAUCGGGGCGCAGGUCCGGGAACACGAGCAAAGAGGCAGGGCGGGGCAGGACCCAAAUUGCAUAAGGGGCCUGGAAGGGUCCAGCGGGAGGUUGUGGAGCCGUUCCCAAACAUGGGAUGGAGAGGCCCAGGCUUGCCAGAACUUGCCCCUCCGGAAGACCCCAUCCCUUGUCCUCUGUCCGCAGAAAGAACACACUGCAACAGGGGCAGCCCUGAAGGAGACAGUGCAAGCAGCCUCCUGACAGGUCUUAGCAGAGCAUCCGAAGAGGCCUACAUGGGUUUGGAUUCUGGUCAAGGCAAGGAGGAGCCCCGGGAAAGGGACACCGUCGCCCUGGAGGCGCAGCGGCUGAACUUCCGACGGUUCUGCUACCAGGAGGUCGAGGGACCACGGGAAGUGUGCAGCCAGCUCUGGUAUCUCUGCCACCGGUGGCUGAAGCCAGAGAGGCACACCAAGGAGCAGAUCCUGGAGCUGGUGAUCCUGGAGCAGUUCCUGGCCGUCCUGCCCUCGGAGAUGCGGAGCUGGGUCCGGGAAGGAGGCCCAGAGACCUGCGCCCAGGCGGUGGCCCUGGCAGAAGGUUUCCUGAGGAGGCAGCAAGCGGGUGAGAAACCCAAAGAGGUAGUGCCUAUGAAUCCCGCAGCUCCUUCUGAGGCCAGAGAGAAGCUGCUGUGUGUGGAAGUCAAAGAAGAGAGUGGCAGAAGUGGGUCCUCUUCAGGUGACAGCUGGCUGAAUCAGCAGGAGGGUAAUCCACAGCGGGAAAGGCCAACCCAAGUAGACCCUCAUUUGCAAUGUCAGGAUAACAAAACAGCUUUCCUGCCUUAUUCAGAGGAAAAGAUGGGAAGCCACCCGGAAGACAGUGUGAAUGAUCCUGAGAGAAACCCUGGGGAUUUCCCAAAGAUCCCUCCCAAAGGCAAGAAGCAAAGGACUUGUGGCGUCUGUGGAAAGAGCUUCAGCCGCAGCACCGGCCUGAUCGCACAUCAGAGAAUCCACACGGGAGAGAAGCCGUACGAGUGUCUUGACUGUGGGAAAUCCUUCACAUUGAAGUCGAACCUGAUAGCCCACGAAAGGACUCACAAUGGGCAGAAGCCGUACGAGUGCCAGCAGUGUGGGAAAAGCUUCAGCGUGAGCUCGCAGCUCAUUAAGCACAAGAGGACUCACUCGGGGGAGAAACCGUACAAAUGCGCCGAGUGCGGGCAGCCGUUCCGCCAAAGCUCUCACCUUAGAAACCACCAGAGAAUCCACACGGGAGACCGGCCGUUCAAGUGCUCAGACUGCGGGAAAAGCUUCAGCGUCAGCUCAGACCUGAUCCGGCAUGAAAUAUCGCACACGGGGGAGAAACCGUAUCAGUGUCCUGACUGCGGGAAGCGCUUCUGCAACAGUUCCCAGAUUAUUACUCACCGGAGAGUCCACACGGGGGAAAAGCCGUACAAAUGCCUGGAGUGCGGGAAAAGCUUCACCGUGAGCCAGCAGCUCAGCAGACACCAGCGAGUCCACACAGGAGAGAAGCCAUACAAAUGCCCCGAAUGCGGGAAAACCUUUGGUGUCAGCACACUCCUUACAGGACACCUGAGAAUCCACACUGGAGAAAAACCGUACGAAUGUUUGGAAUGUGGGAAAAGCUUCAGGCUGCGCUCAAACCUUAUUGCACAUCAGAAAAUACACACCGCAAGGAAAUCCUAGGCAUUUUUACUGUG